AUGCCUCUCGUUUUCAACGAUGAGAGGAGCCGCAUAGCCCUUGCCCGCUACUUCGACUAUUCGUUCCACGGCACCUCCCGAUCGGGUGAGAAUAAUCUCUAUGAAGGCGCAUUCCUGCUGUUAGGCCUUGGUGAUGUAUACCAAGGGUCUCCCUGUGCUGUGCCACUGGAUCCCCGUCAUCGUCUCUUCGGAACGAAGUACAGCCCAUCCCGAUUCUUCACACGUUGUGGCGCUGUCGGUAUUGCUGGUCAAUACCUAUGCAUCUAUGCAACCGACUCACCUGGCGGGUAUCAGCUCGUCGGUCGUACGGUUCCUAUCUGGGGUGAGCUCCACAUGUCUGGACUAGGCGAGAAGGCCCCGUGGAUGUUCUCACUCUUGGACCAGAUUCGUUUCUACCCUGUCACCGAGGAAGAACUUUCAGCAGCGGGGGCUGAUGGAACCUCCAGUGAUCUUAUCAAAAUCUCUGAUGCUGAGCUAGAUCUCAAUGAAUAUGAGAAAUGGCUGACAGAGAGCAAGGACGAUGUCACUGCUGUUCGGGAGCAACGAUACAUAAUGCGGCCAGGUUUGGGACAUGAAAGCGACAAAGCUAUGGCCGGAUAG